AUGGAAGAAGUCGAGCUUGAACUUGGUCAACCAACUUGUCUGUUGGUGCACAAUGCCCUUUUCAAACCUCACCCUUACCAGGUGUACCAAAAUGCUUCCUUCGAAAUCGUCAGAUCUAACCAUACGACGAACUUAACUGGUGAACAAUUGAAUAAAACCGCGAAAGAGGAGUUCAAUAAAGCGGCUAAGGAUUUCAUCUUGAAAACGAUUGAAAGAGCUAAACAGCUACGUCCAAAUGCGUCUUGGGGCCUCUAUGGCUUCCCGUAUUGCAACUACGACGCAGGAAAAAAAGGAGAGUACAACUGCUCUGAGGAAUUUCAGCAGUUCAAUGACGAGUAG